CACCCCUGGCUCCCUUCCUCUUUGCUGCACAGUGCAGCGAAGUCCACCUCUGAGGAAAUCCUCAAGCUGCUUUUGUUCUUUUAUCUCAUCCCCUGCACCGUUCCCCACAGUAAUCAAACCUAGACACUCUAAAGUUGUCGUAAAAAAUCAACCAGUGCAAGCGGGCAUUGCCAGAAAUAUAAUAUCUCACUCAACUACGAGGCCGAAACUUUGAACAUAACAACACCGUUUAGAGACGGGAAAACUCAGCACUCUGCAAAACCGCUACAGAGAGAUGCAAUAGUAGACGAAUCCUUAUCGUAAGCCAGGAAGAGCUAAGUUCUUUAACGUACGUACACCUACUACGUACACCAGAACGCAGCUUAAAGCCCUGCUGCAGUUGGAAGUACCUGGAGGCCCCCAGAACACACCUGAAAGCAUUGCUACUCCGUACUAAUCUGCUAGCUCACAGGUAGUACCGUAGUCCCCCUCCUUUUUAUGUUUCAGAAAAGAAAAGGCCCACGUAUCUAGGUUUCAUGAAAAUGUCGUCCUCGAUCUUUCUGGUGGUAGGGAGUACCAGAAAAGGUUUUUCCCAUUUUGUGUGAAUCAUUGGUACUGUUUAGAUCUUUUGAUGUUCAUGGCUUUGGGUGAAGCGGGUUAUCAGUAUAGAUUCAUCUUCACUGUUUUUAGCUGGAUCUGAUUUUUUGCAAUUGGAGUUAUACUGGUUAGGGUUUUCAUGCAAAAAAAGAGAAACCCAUGCGUGUAGUGUCUGAUUCCUGCAAGAUGUCGGAUGGGUUUGGUGAGGAAAUUAACGGGGAUAAGGUUUUGGAUUGUAUCUAUUGGAUUUGAUGCCCUUUACUAAGAUCUAAGGCUACAAAAAGACAACAAACAAAGAGCAAAGGAGCAAGAAGACGGUGUAUUAUUUAUCCAUACUCUCUGUUUGCUGGGUAUCCAAGCAAGCUAGGCGGGCGUACUUUAUCAUAAUUCAAUUCAACGAGGCAAAUAUAGAAAGUGACACGAGAUCAGAGAGAGAGAGAGAGAGAGAGGAAGAGGAAGAGGAAGAAGGGUAACAAAGAGGGUUUAUUUGGUUCAUCGAUUUGCCAUCCUUCUGAGUUGAAGGCGAACCCGUUCUUUUUCCAAGAAUAGAACAUGGCGAAUCGAUGGUGGGAUGGGAAUGUAACGAUGAGAGGGGUGGACCCCAUGUCCUCCGCCUUGUCGCUUGACCUGAGCAACCCAGACGAUGAUAAUGGUGGAUCGAACCGGCUCGGACCCAGAAGAGAGCAAGAAUUCAUGAACAGAAACAUCACCACCCACAACAAUAACACGAGUAAUACAAAUACCACUCCUACCAAUAGCAGCACCAGCAACACAACUCCACAGAAGCUAAAUCCUGAAGACGAAGAUAGCCGAGACAAUGAGAACGAUGGCGAAGAUCCCAACACUGGAGCCCAAGAAAACAUCGAGGCCGGUGGUAGUGGCCGCCGACCCCGAGGCCGACCUCCAGGGUCGAAGAACAAGCCGAGGCCUCCAAUAGUGAUUACCAAAGAAAGUCCAAAUGCCCUCCGAAGCCAUGUGUUGGAAAUUAGCAGUGGCAGCGAUAUUGCCGAGUGCAUUGCGACGUUUGCGAAUAGGCGGCAUCGAGGGGUCUCAGUUCUCAGUGGUAGUGGCAUUGUCACCAACGUUACUCUCAGGCAAGCCGCUGCACCGGGCGGAAUGAUCUCGCUUAAUGGAAGAUUUGAGAUAUUGUCUCUGUCGGGUGCCUUCUUGCCUGCCCCAUCGCCCCCGGGGGCUAUGGGGCUAACUGUGUAUUUAGCUGGCGGGCAGGGUCAGGUUGUUGGCGGGUCUGUAGUGGGGGCGCUGGUAGCGUCGGGACCCGUUAUGGUGAUUGCGGCGACGUUUACGAAUGCAACGUACGAGAGGUUGCCACUAGAAGAUGAUCCGGCUGCUGGGGAGGGAAUGCAAGUGCAGCAACAAUCAGGGAUGAAUCCAGGUACUACUGGAAAUUCAGUAUGUCCAGGCUUAGGUGAAGCAGCUGUAGCAGCUUCAUUGCCCGUGUACAAUCUGCCUCCAAAUUUAGUGCCAAAUGGUCAGAUGCCCCAGGAUGUUUUCUGGGGUCCUCUUCGUCCACCUCCCUACUGAGAGUGAGAGAGAGAGAGAGAGAGGGUUCUUGUUAGUUUGGUUUUGCUGACUUGUUUUUGUGCAAUAUGUUGAUUAUAUUGUAAGCAUAGCAAUGAAGGUAGGACUUCUUGUUUAUAUGUUCUGCUUGUACUAAUCUGACACUCUUUAGGCCCGGACAAGGAAAAUGAAUAUCUAUCUCUGGCUAGAUUUUUUCUGUACG